AUGGUUGGUUUAUUAAAUCCUGUCAAAUAUGGAGGAAAUUUUUAUGAUUUAUAUACUUUAAAUACAAGAAGGAAAGUGCAGCCGGAUCGCAAGUCUAUCGGAAAGCGUAAAAAUAAAGAUAAAAAGGCACCCAUUGCCAUUAUAGAGGGAAAUCCUGAUUUACGCAUAGUAAACCCUUUGGAUCCACCUCUCAUAAAAGAGCAACUCCUAUUAUGUCCCGCAUUUCCGGUGGCACAUAUAGAAUUGCAAUCAAAUGCCUCACAAUUUGCAGUAUUCUCAGCUAUACGUUCCACUGUACUGGAGGCAGAGACAAGACGUUUAUUAUUCUACGAGCUUAGUGGUAAUGUAAGGAAUUUACCUCAAAUUAAUUCAACAUGUUGUUUAAUGUGUGUUGGCUCCUGUUUGACGGGCAAUCAAAUGGACUGCUCUUGUCACACUCUAAAUGCUUUGCAACAGGCUAAUGCGGUAGCUGGUGUGGCGCCACAAGUUGCGGCGGGCGAAAAAAGAUCUAGACAAGACUCGGCCAAUAGUGAUGUAGAGUCCGAAUCGGAGGAAUGCAGUGAAAAAGAAUUGAAAGUGAUAGCAGUCCCGCUGAUAGUGGGUGCUGGCUUGAGAAGUUUAUUUGAAUUGAUAUCAGAAGCUCGUCAUAUACAGCCCAUGCUGUGCUCGAAGGCUUUAAAAGCUUUAUUAGAUGUUAUACAGGGACAACAGCCGGAAUCGUUUAAAAAUGAACCGGAAGAAUUAAUAAAUCCUCUAUAUGAUUUGUUACUCGAUUUGGCUACCAUGUCGGCGGCUGAAAGUGUGGCUGCGCCUGUUGCCCCGGAGGCUGAUUGGUCUGCUGUGGCUUGUUCGGCUUUGGUGGGUCUGUGCAUAGCUAGAGGAGAUACCGGCAAAAUGCUUAAAGCUAUAGCGGCUUUAAUCAUGUCUCCAAGGCAUUUAUCCUCACAACGCAUACAAAUGCCGGCAGUUUUAGGCAUGUUGCAGCGUACUGUAAUAAGCGCUGCCUUGGGUAAACCUACCUGUCCAGAUUUUUAUACCAAAGGCGUGCCAGUUAACUCUUUAGUAGAUGAGUUUGCUAUUAAAGCUCCUAUGUGUGGUUUUACUGAACCGGCUUUAGCCUCGGAUGGUACAUAUUUAUAUUUGUUAUUGGGAGGUGCUUUAUUGAAAAUCGGCACUGGCUAUAAUGGCUCCUUUAAGGGUCAUAUUUACAUGCAAAAUGAUGAAUUUACCAAAGAAAAGACAGGAUGGUUGGGUUUUAGCAAUGGCCAGCUGUAUUAUAGACGCAAUUCCAAACGUAAUGCUGAUCAUUUGCAUUUAGUUAAUACCGAGUCUUUGACUAUUAAAAGUAUGAAUCCGGUUAAUAUGUUGCCCAUAAGAGAGGGUUUCAAUUAUACGCUAUUUACGGAUGAGGAUUCACUCAAUGCCAUUUGCACUAAUCGGGAUGACACUUUAGUGGUGCGCCGUUUGAAUAUCUGCCAUCAAAAUAGAUCUACUGAACGUGACAAUUCCAUACCCGUGGAGUUGCCCUUACAAUUAUCACGCAAACGUUUUCGUACUUUAGGUUAUGCCACCUUUGAGGAGGAAGUUUUAAAUCAAAAUCAAAUAUUAAAGAUACAAGCUUCUUAUAACAUCUUUGAGCCUAAAAUUCCUAAUGAUGUGGAUUUACAGGAAAUAGUUUGUGGCAAAGAGUUUGGUUUGGUUAGUGCCACUAAUGGCAAAGUUUUCUAUUAUGGCAAAUCGGUGGCCUUGGGUUUGAAAUCCGUGGGACGUACUCCCAUUAUGAAAUUAACUGAAUUAAUAAUAUCAAAAAUAUCACGUAUAACCCACAUAGCGGUGGGUCAUGAUGGCAUACAUGCUUUGUUGGUAAAUGAUGAUGGUACGGUGUAUUUUGCUGGAACAGCCAGAAGAGGAGAGGAUGGUGACAUUUCCAAGAAUAGACGACAACCCAAGGCGGUUAAACCUAAGAAAAUGACUAAAAUCGAGGGACAUUUUAUUGUUCAAGCGGCUUGUAACAAUGGCACCUCUGCUUUUGUUACCAAAACUGGUAAAUUAAUCAUGUUUGGCAAGGAUACUGUGCACUGUGAUGCCCAAGGUUUUGUUAGUGAUUUUUCGGAUCAACAUAUACAAAAGGUUGCCUUGGGUAAGGCCCAUUGUGUGGCCUUAAACGCCAAGGGUCAAGUAUUUACUUUUGGCCUUAAUAACAAGGGACAAUGUGGUCAUGUUUAUAAUAAAACUAAAGAUGCAAGUGUUUCUUCUUCGGUGGAUAGUGGUUCGGGAAAAUUGUCUACUCCUUUAAAGAAAUUGAAAUUUGAUUUCUCUAAUCUCUGUGAUUAUGAUGAUCACAAUGUUAUACAGGGCCAGUGUAGAGUUUGUGUGGUUUGUCGUGAAUGUACCGGCUAUAAUGUGUCCUGUGUAUCGGCUUUGAAUGUGCCCUUUGAGGAAAGAGUUGCGGGAGCUCCCUGUGCUUGUGGCCAUGGCGAUGCUGGCUGCUCGAAAUGUGGUCUGUGUGCCUCCUGCAUUGCUGUACAGGAAGCUGAAAAUGUUUCUGACACCAAAGAUACCAAUAAACAACUAAAUCGUCAGCGUUCCAAAAGUCUUAUCAUGCGUCGCAAGGAAAAGAAAACUGCUGAUGAGGCCUCUAGUCAUGCUGAAGAGAAUCCUCCUCGAGUGGCUCCUCUAGCACCACAACUCCUUAGCAUGCCCUCCACCUCACCGGUAGUACAAGUAUCUUGUGGUUUACAUCAUACCGUUGUACUUACCCUUUCUGGUGAAGUAUACGCCUUUGGUAGCAAUCAAUUUGGUCAAUUGGGUACCGGGGAUAUGCAGCCAGUUAGUGGUCCCGUGCGCAUAAGUGUAGCAGGAAAUGUUUGUCAAGUGGCUGCUGGCAGUAACCACACUGUGUUGUUAACCUAUAAAGGUUUGGUUUAUACUUUUGGUAAUUUUCAAAAGGGCCAACUCGGACGUUUGCCUCAUGACUUUCAACAAAAGGGUUCCAGCAAUGCCGACAGGGAUAAGGCAAACAAUCCUGUAAGCUUAAGAGAAGCUUUGGGUAAUAAUGAACCCGCCCCGGAGAAACCCACAGUGGCCCAAUUAAUAGCUCAAAGGCAAAAGAUAUUGUGGCAUUGUACUCCAGGAGUAGUAUUUGGCAUUGGUCCCAGUUUUGGUAAAAAAGCCACCUGGAUAGGAGCCAGUGGUGAUCAGACAUUUAUCAAAGUCGAUGAGUCCCUCAUAACAACACAAAUGUUGCCCAAAAUGAAUGUGGCCGCCAAUAAGAAAACUAUUUUAAUGAUUCCCACCAUACCCUUAACAUUCCAUGCCAUUUCCAUUAAUCGUCGUGAUGGCAAUUGUACCGCCCACUACUUCAAUCAAGUUGAUUUUGUUAAAAUGGAACAUGCCAAUAAACCCAAACUUGUACCGGAAGUUAAUCAAAAUGUUGAUCAGAAUAUGGUGCAAAUGGGUCCCUCCUCCUCUUCGAAUGCCAUAAAUGAACAAAUGUCACGCAGCAUGCAUGAGGCAAGAAAUCAAUUAUUUGAUUUACAAGAUAACCACAUGCAUAAUGCCUCUUCAUCGCAACGUAAGGACAGACAACGUGGUUCUUUAAAUACCAUCUCGGCUGGUUCGCUGAACACAGCCAUGCCUUCUUCGGUGGUUUUAAGUGAUAAAAGUUAUUCAAAGUUGGCGUUUGCCAUGGACCCUAUGUACAAUGUUUUAUGGGUUUAUGAUAGUAAUCAAAAGAGGGUGUUGAGCUAUAAUGUUUUGGCCAGUGAGAUAAUGGCAACAGCAGCGAAUUGUUCCAAUUAUCAUGCUUUGUUGACUCCGGAAUUGUCUUUACCAAAUAAAUUUGAUUCACGCAUCUCACGUUUACAUGCUUCUCUCAAUCUUUUGGCUUGUUUGGAUGUCUUGACCUCUGCCCAGGAUGUGAUUCCUGCUUGCUUUGAGGAUGUUACACCCAAAGAGGCCAAUCAAAAUAAGGAUACCAAAGAUAAUCAAUAUCAGGUGGUUAAUCGUUUCGAUAAUUUCGGUGGCGGUUGGGGUUAUUCCGGUCAUAGUGUGGAGGCUAUACGUUUUUCAGCUGAUACCGAUGUGGUAAUAUAUGGCUUUGGCAUGUUUGGCGGACGUGGAGAAUACUCCUGCAAACUUAAACUUUACGACAUGGGUUCCGAUGGUGGUGGUUAUGAAAAGGAAGGCACACUCAUCAGUGAAACUAAAGAAGUGCCCUUUGAAUGUCCAGCUCGCAGUAAAUUUCAUAUAUUAUUACCCAAACCCAUUAAUACCACAGCUGGAAGAUGGUAUUUGGUAUGGGCACGUAUAGCAGGACCCUCUUCAGAUUGUGGUUCAUGUGGCCAGGCAACUGUCACCACCGAAGAUCAGGUAGUCUUUACCUUUAAAUCAUCUAAGAAAGCCAACAAUGGUACCGAUGUUAAUUCGGGACAAAUACCAGCCAUACUCUAUCGUUUAGUAACCCAGGAAACUAAACCUUCGACGGCUCCCAUUGAUAUAGAUCCUGUAAAAAGAGUAACCAAAGAGUUUGCUAAUUCAGUGACCAAGGAAUGCUUCGAAAGCUUAGUAUUAAUGUUAAAUUGGUCUUGGGAAGCUUUUAAAAGUUAUUUACGCGAACAGCGCGAUAUGUCACAUCAGCUACAAGUUAAACAAUCUUUGGAAUAUUUAAUACACGUCAAUAAAUCCUGUUUGAGAUUAUUGAGAAAAUAUACCAAUGAAAUUUAUCCACAAUAUGGACAAACUGAUGAAAUAGCAGAAUAUAUAUCAAGUGGAACACAAAAACCCUUAAGUAAUCGUUCCGAGAAAGAUAUUAGUAAAUUUACUAAACCUUAUAAUUCAAUAACCAAAUAUUUUAAUGAUAAUAACAUUGGAGGCAGUCAAAUGACCAUGAGAAAAUCCAAUAUGGAAAACAUACAAUUGGCAGAGUGUAUUGGCAAUGUGAGAGCCAUGUUAAUAGGCAUCUUUUGUGAUGACUUAUUCCAGGAUAUAACAAAUGAUGAAGCUUUAAGCAUGGCUUUAGAGAUACUGGAUGAAUGUCACAUUAGUUUUGUGGCUUGUUUUGGAGUGUUCUAUCCCACUUCCACUUUGAAAUGGAAUUGUUUGUGUGAUUUAUUAUCGGAAAUGGAUAAGCAAGGUACUUUACACUCUCGUCUAUUGAGUGCCAUUUUGGCAGGGUUGUGCUCACCCACGGUUAAACUACGUUCUACGUUUGCUUUGCUAAGCCAGGGAGGCGAUCGUCAAUCUAUUAUUAGUCCUAGUGAUAAUUCUGGUUUACCCAUGCUUUCAUCUACUGACUCUCAUCAAUAUCCCAUUUUGGUUGAGCAAAUGAUUUAUCGUACACAACAGGAAAAACGUGAUUUUCUUAGUAAUUCUUGGACUUUUAAGGAUGUUUUAAUGCGUUUAUUGGAUAUUAUAGCAAAUCCUAUUCGAGAUCGUUUGGAAAAUAUCUACAAUCGCAGUGUCCAUUAUAAUUAUUCUAGUAGCAGUUUCUGUUCCAAAGAUUUCAAUCAGGGACUUAUCGAUAAUUGUUGCCAUUUGUUGGCGCGAGUGUUGGCGGAAAUUGUCUAUCAAACGGCAAUAGGAGAUUACGACAAAAUGUUUAUACCGCCACGUACUUUACAUUCGUCUGGCUCACGUUUUGGACGCUGUGAUCAAAGUCGCACUUGGAAUACGGGCAGCUUUGGCCCAGAUGCUAUAGCCUUCUCCGUAGAUCGUUCUGGCAUUGCCAUUGCGGGUUGUAUGGUUUAUUCGGGUUCUGGCAGUUAUGAAUAUCAACUAGAGCUAUUAUAUGAUAAUUCCGGAGAUGUACAACAACCUCUGCAGCAGCAACAACAUAAAUGGGAAACUUUGGAAUCUGUAUCGGGUACUUACGAUCAGGCAGCAGUACAAAAUGAUAUGGCUGAAAUAAAAUUUGAAAGAUCAGUGUUGAUAAAGGAAAAUACUCGCUACGCUUUAAGAUUUUGUUCUCAAGGUCAUCGCACCUGUUCGGGAGAUGGUGGUAUGCCUUCUAUACGAGGUCCCUGCGGCUCCACUUUUCAUUUCUAUGCUUGUGAUUUGAGUUUCAAUGGCACCAAUGCUCAUCGUGGUCAAAUACCUUGUAUACUCUACUACAGUACACCCAUUAAACAAGAUUCCAAUGCUACAGGCAAUGCAGCUGGUUCUACUUGUCCUCUAAAUGGUGCUAACGAUACUACUUCUCUUACCAAUGAAAUAACCAUGCGUGAUACCGCUUUACAAAUAGCUACCGAUAUCACCAAAAAGUGUACCGAACUUUUAGUUUUGGCGCGCAAUACUUUAGCCGCUUCCUUAUCACCCUCAGACAAUUCCUCCAAUCAUUCACAAACCAUAGAUUCAGAACAUAAUAUAACUCCCAUUGAAGAACAUAUGGAUAUUAAUUGGGCCAAUAAUUCGCGCACUUCUCAUCUACCCGCUGAAGCUGGUGGCAUAUCAGCAGCUAGAGAUUUAUCCAAACGUUUGGAAUCCUUUUCGAAGGGUAUCAUAGAAACUUUGAAAUUUGAAAAGAGGUCCACAAAUCCCUUUGAAAUGGAAAUUGAAAUUGGUGCCACCGAGAUUCAUCCCAAAGACAUAAUGAUUGAGGAAAGUUCUUCUAUACAUGAUUUGAAUUUCCGUAAUGGUCAGAUUACCAAGUUUAAUGGUAAUGAACGUGUUGGUGCUGAGGCGGUGGAAAGUUUAAUGGGUGCUUCUCAAUAUAAUCCGGCCGGACUUAUAGGUCGAACUGAUUCGGAGGAGACACCUGCACAAAUGGCAGCUACUCAAAUUUUGGAUGUUUUCAAUGUAGGUUCAUCGAAUCUCUUUCAUACCCUGUUGCCAUUGGUUUAUGCUCAUAUUGCAAAUUUGGCUUGUAAUGAUGCAAAGAGCUCCGUUCAAAUAUUAGGUCUAAUCAAGGACAUUUUACCACACAUCGCCGCUCUUAACCAACUAAGUUCCACAAAAGAUGGCUGCAAUCAAACCAACAUAUCCGUACCACGCCUACGACCCAUCUUUGAAUCUCUCAAUAAAAAGCUAGAGCUUAGCAAUAACGAGGAAUGUGGCAAUGCCGUAAAUGUCACCGAUGCCAUCAAUCAACAGCAACCAUCCAAUGAUAAUCCACCAAGUGAGGUGCCUACAACCAGCAAUCAUUAUUGUGUAGUGGAAAGUGAACAUCCCUAUAGAAGUGCAUCAAUCAAUUGUUAUCGUGUUGAAUUUCCCGCCUGUGUACAAUGGUUGACUAUUGAAUUUGAUGCCCAAUGUGGUACAGCUCAAUUGGAAGAUUAUUUAUUGGUCUCUUUGCCUGUUAGACCGAUGACAAGUACAGAAACGACACCAGCCAAUGAAGAUUAUUAUGAUAUAUUGGAUAAUAAUGUCAAGAGCAAUAGGGGUGUACAAAGUAAAAGUGCCAAUCUAAUGAGUGCCUGUUAUAAGUUAUCGGCCCAAAAAGAGGGACAAUCAAAAAAUGAACCCGAUUGGUUUGUGGUGAAGAAAUUUAAUACACCCUCCAACUGGUUGCAAAAUGUUAUGAUAUUACCCGGCAAUUGUGUGGAGUUUUCUUUGGAAACUUCUUCUUUGUAUGCCCAAGAUCCUCAUGUUAAUCGUUAUGGUUUUAAAUGUUUGGUAGUGGGCUAUGAUAAUCCGGUUUUGUUAAAUGGCAACAAUUCUUGUUUGGUGCGCAUAGAACAGGAGUUAUCCUAUUUGGGUGGCAUGUGUAGUGCUAAUUUAAUGAAGAAAAAUUUAAGUUUACCAGAUGACAAAGAUGUCGAAGAUUUAUCUAGCAUUAGCGAGACUAUUAGCACACAUUUUGCUUUACUUUCCAAAGGUUUAGCUUUAGCUGAACCUGAACUAAGCAUACAUCAGGCCUUGGAAUCAUAUUUACCUAUAGGAUCCCAAUCAAAUGAACGUCAAUUUUUAAAGGAUUUCAUAAGUGGUGCUCCUGGUUCGGCUGGCGCCCGUUUAGCCGCCUGGCUACAACCUGAGCCACGUUUAGAUCCCAAUAAAUGCGAAUUAAAUACGAUUACUGAACCAUUACGUUACGGUUGGCCAACACAAAUUACGGUGACUAUACGAGAUCAAUAUGGGGAUGCUAUAGUUGUGCCCGAACUAAAGGUUGAAAUCAAAGCCAUACCUACCGGCUCCUCAGGCAAUGGGAACAUGAAGGUACGACGUGCUUCCCAAACUGAAACCUAUUAUGGAGGAAUAGCUCCACCACCACGUCAAAAUUAUGAACCAACAAUUAAGGAAAAAAUGUGUUUCAAAGCCAUAACAUUUAUGAAAUCCUACAAUAAUUAUUCUUUCGAAGAAUUACGCUACAGCAGUCCCAUACAAACAAGAGUAACGGAAUCUCUUUAUGCUCAAGAUAUGGAAGAUGGUACAUUUAGUGUACAUUGGACCCCCAAUGCGGUGGGUAGUUAUUGUCUAACCGUUACCAUAGAUGGUAUACUAUUGGAAGAAGUUUAUCGCGUGGAAGUAAAAGAGGGCAGUAUACCACCACCGGCUCAUAAGAGAGUAAUGAAGAACCCUCAUACUCCUAAUAAACUAAGGAAAUUCUAUACAAAAAAUACUGCUGGUCUGCGCAUACGUUCCCAUCCCACUUUACAGUCCGAACAAGUGGGCGUGGUCAAGUUGAAUGGCGUUAUAUCGUUCAUAGAUGAAAUCGAAAAUGAUGAUGGUGUAUGGUUGCGAUUAUCAACCGAAUCUAUAAGACAACAUUGCACCAUGGGUUGGUAUCCUACGGAGGCCUGGUGUUUGCAAUACAAUCAACAUUUGGCCAAAACUCUCUUACAUCCGGUAGUUGAACCGACUACUGCGAAUGCAACAGCUACUAGCAAUGAAAAUAAUUUAGCUGAUGCGAAUGCCGAAGUGCAGCCCAUGUCUCCUUUACCGUCGGCAGUAGGAGAUAAUCGACCAAAAGCUCGUGAUAUUUUGGAUAAUUUAGAACCUAUUACAGCUUCUUUGGAAUCACCUCCGGCAACCAAUGAUAAACCGGAAUCACCCUCGAAAAAUGUAUUUGAUUUUGCUAUAUCUUCCACCUCAUCAAAAGCACCCGAUUUUCCUCAUGUCUCCACUAAUCCGUUUAUAUGUGCCGAUACCGAUCCCAAACCAGAACAACCAUUUGGUAGUGCAUCUGAAACGAAAUCAGAGGAUUGCUUCAAUUCCGUUAAUUCGGCGGGAGUUAAUCAAAUAGGUUCUGCUAUAGCUGGUGUUGUGGGUGGAGGAGCUAUUAAACUGCAGGCUUUACAGAAAUGGUUUAAGGGUGAUAAUGAACCCAACUCGCCUAGGGAUUAUUCCUUUAAGCCCUCAGAUAUGAGUGAAAUUGCCUCAGUUUCUGUAAGGGAAUUGGUAAGAGUCAUGGGUGGUCAGGACUCACGUACGAGUAAUGGCAAUAGUUCUCAACGUUCAGGUAGUCCCAUUAAGAUACCUUUCGAAGAGAAAGUGUCCGACACACCAAGUGUACGUUCUAUGGAAACUUCGGAAGUGUCGAUGACGCAAGAUUCUAGUAAUUCGGCUCGUAGUGUUAAGGAUGAUUCCUCACAGUCGGAGGGGGCACAUUUUGAUAUCAGUAAUAUGAGGAAAACUCAUUUCACUGCUAGUCAAACUGCUGCUUUGCUAUCAACACCCAAACAUUCUGCACGCAAAGGAGGAGCAACACGUAAAUCUUGUGGAGCAGUAGGACCUCCUUCCUCUUCUUCUGAUACGGGAGGCUUAAAAGAAUCUGAUAUUUCGAAUCUGGAGGAAGAAAUGAAUUUGCUGCAAAUCACCACCACUACCCCAGGAGGUGGAAGCACUACACAAGAUCAAAUUUUAUUUGGAGAAGUGAGAACAACUUGUUCGACCGGCAGCACCGACAAUUCCAGUCCUCCCAUAUGGCCUGAACCUGUAGGAUCCUCCGCAACAAAUGCUCCUCAAAAUGCUUUUUUCAAAGCGGCACCAGCCAAGAAAAAUCCCAUGGGUCCCAUAAAAAGAGCUAUGCCACCCUCAUUUGCUGAAAGCAUACGGGCGGUAUUUGCUGCUUUUCUUUGGCACGAGGGAGUAGUACAUGAUGCCAUGGCCUGUGCCAGUUUUCUUAAAUUUCAUCCUAACUUACCGAAAGAGGGUACUACGGUAAUAACUAGAAGAGAUCAUAGUGAAGGCCGUCAGCAAUUGUCUAAAGAACAAAAAGCUCAACAGAGGCAUUCGGUGGAAGUGGCUAAUGCAGGAAAUUAUCUCAACAUACGACCCUCCACCUUGGAAACUCUAACCAAAAGUGGCAAUUUCUCGGUAAAUAACCGUAAAUAUCGCAAGGGUCAGUCCAGUGACAAUCCCGAUGAUAUGGGGGAGAAGCAGAAAUUACAUUCUUUGCCAGAAGUGGUGACAGUUUUACCCCCAGCUCUGCGUAGCUUGGUUUACCUAUGGGAACAUAUUUGCUCCAACUGUGUGCACAUUGUGCAGUCAAAUUCUUUGAGUCAAGAAAGAUUCCACUCACGCGAAUCCACUGCUGAUAGCAGUAAAGAAAAACCCACUGCUAAAGACAAAGAAAACAAAAAGUCGAAGAAGAAAAAAGAUGAUGGUUCUUGGUGUGAGAUAUGUCAGAUAUUCCUACCCAUUCCCGUAACCUAUCACAUGCGUAUUGUGCAUCCUGGUUGUGGUAAAUCUGCCAAAGGCAAGGGUUACAAUAGUGUGGGUAUUUUCUGUGAAGGUUGGGCUGGUAAUUGUGGUGAAGGUGGUAAAGGAGCCUCUAGUUGGUUCUUAAUGUGUGACGCCUGUCGUGACAAAUACAUAUCGACCAAUAAAAAUACCAAUAAUUUGAAUAAUACAAAUGCUGGUGGCACGGGUACGGAGCUGAAUUUGUUUGGCAUUAAGACUACAACUUUAAUAGCCAAUUCAGAGAUUUAUACCACCAUGAGAGAGAAUGCUACUUUCUUGUUGGAACUGUCUUCUAAUAUUUCGAAUUUGCCUACUGAUUCGGGUCAUACUGCUGCAGGACAUGCGACUUCCAACAGCAAACGUUCGCCACAGCAAAUGCCAGUGGUAGUGGAACAUCAGCAUUUCAAUAUGAGUGAAAUGAAUAAACCCAGCACCAGCAGGGCAGACACACAACGUCACAGUCGUGUGGGUUUAAGGAUUACUAAUAAAUUUGGAGGUAAUGUUACUUAUCGCAAAAGUUUUGGCGGUUCGGUUUCACCAGAACAGCCUUGGUUGGCUCCCGAAACUUUUGCCUGUUUGGAAACUUUUGGUCCGGCCAAUAAGGAAGAUUUACCAUAUGAAAUCUUUGGCAUGGGUGCCAAUGAAAAUGGUUUUGAUAGGCCUCUUUCGGAAAUCUCUUAUGAAUCUUCGGAACCCACGAAUUAUGACAAUCCUAACCAAGCCAAUUGCAUGUCUACUAGUGGCACUCUUUCACGUUUUCAUCGCAGCUACUCCAUGGGUCAAGGUUGGGGUAUAGCUCAACAACAAAUUGCUACAAAUCAACGUGAAGAAUCCUACUAUCCCAAAGUGGUAUUUCGUAAACGCAAUAAUUCCACCUCGGAAAGUGAUGGUUCGCUCUUGAUCUGUUAUCCUUCGGAAAAUUUAAGACGUUUAGUGCCAGAACAUAUGUUAAUUGCCACUUCGGUGGUGCAAAAACCAGCCAACACAGAAACUGAGGCCAAUGACACUUUAAAUAAAGAACAAAAACUUGAUUUCGAAGGCAGUAAACAACAAAAUCAAAGAAAUAAUUUGGACGCUGAAGCCGCUAAUCAAAUAAGUGUUUUACUGCAAAGGCCCGCUAUGGCUUUUAUAACCCAGAAGCAUGAUUUGAAAAAGUUACGCAGUGCCAUGAAAAGAUCAUUACGUAUAGCCACUUGUCGCAAUUAUUCUCUGCAGGCCUUAAAUUGGCUGUUAAGAUCGGUAACACAAAGUGUUUGUCUGCAUGAUCUAAUGUGGUGGUUUGUGUCUUCACUAAGCAUAACACCCUCAACAGCUACCGAACAUGUGGAUGGUAAAUAUGAUGAAUUGGAACCGGCAUUGGAACAUCCAGUCUCCUAUACCCAAAUAAGUGGACGUCUUUCUUAUAUGAUCACUGAAAGUUUGCAUACAUUUUUACAAUCUGUAGCAGAUUUGACUUUAUAUUUGCCUUUGGGUUCUCCUCUGCAACGCAUUUCUAUACAAUGUUUUGGCAUAAGGUUUAGACAAACGGAUCAUCAAUUUUUACACAGUUCACAUGUAUUUGGGAAUAUUUCCAAAAUACUCUCUAAAUCCGAUGAACAAAAUGAAAAUCCUGGUGUAUUUGGUUUAAAUGAAGAUUUAGAUCCUAAAGAGGUAACAGCUGUCAAAGACUUAUAUCCUAUGCCUGAUGCGGGAGGUAAAAUUAUUUACUACAGUGAUCUUAAUGGUCAUUUUGAAGUUACCGUUUCCUCACGUCAGGCAAUGGCGGAAUCUUUAACGGACAAUUCCACUGAAACUUUCUGGGAGAGUGAUGAAGAAGAUCGCAAUAAAAGUAAAAUAAUAGAAAUAUCCAUGAAUAAAUUGACAUAUUGCUGUAAAAUGCUACUCAUACACAUAGACAACAGUCGUGAUAUACAGAAUAAAGUCUCUUCAGUUGUGUUUUAUGGUGGCCAGUCUUUGGGUGACACUAGUCUCAUCAAAUCCAUUGAAGUAGAUGCUAAAGCUUGUACUUGGCUUUCGGCCAAAAUAAAUGAUGAUAAUUUUACUCAUUUCCGUUUGGAAUUUACUGGUCCCGAGAAUACUUUGCGUGUAAGACAAAUUAAAUUAUUAGGUUUGCCAGCAGCUAUGUGUGGUUCCGGUGAUCAAUUGGUUAAUCCUUAUGAGUUGUCAGCUAAUAGCUCUUCGCAGGUACAGGCUUUUAAGUAUAAUCUAAAGUUGACUAAUGCUACAAGAAUACAACAGCAAAUCUGCGAAAGUGAAACUUUGCGGGUAUUUCGUUUAAUAACUGGUCAAGUCUUUGGCAAAUUAAUCACCUUGGAAUCAGGUAACGAUGAAAAUGCCGGAGGGUCUACAGUGAUUGGUAAAAGUGGUUCACAAAAUGCUUUGGGCAUGGAUACUAGUGCUAACUCCAUGUUGGCCGAUUCACUCGACUUAAGAGAACACAUGGUGGGCAUUCUCUUCUCACGAAGUAAACUGUCACAUCUACAAAAACAAGUCAUAGUGCAUAUUGUUCACGCCAUUAAAAAAGAAGCACGGCGAGCUAAAGAAGAUUGGGAUGCAGUAAAUCUCACCAAUAACCUAAGAGAUCCGAAUGGCACGGGUUCAAACACUGAUAAAGACUCUAAAUUGGAGGUAACCACCGAGCGUAGUCGUACCCCGGAUACUUAUUGCUUUGAAAUGUUAAGCAUGGUAUUGGCUUUAUCAGGCAGUGUUGUGGGCAGAUCAUAUCUGUCACAUCAACAUGGUUUGAUUAAGGAUCUUUUAAGUCUUUUGCAUACCGGCAGCGAUAGGGUACAGAGACAAGUUACUGCUUUAUUGAGACGUAUUUUGCCGGAGAUAUCUCCCGGUACUUUUGCUGAUAUUUUGGGUGUACAACGUUUGCCACCCUCGGAUUAUAAUAUAGCCCAUCAGAUAGCAGUGGAUUUUGAUAUGGACAGUUUGGGUUUAUUGGAUAUAUUUUUGGCAGUUAUAGCUAAAUCUUUGCAGCUACAAGUAAAAGUUAAAAGCGCCGGAGGAAAAUCUUCAAUGGAAAAGACACCUUCUUUUAUAAGACUUUACAAUGCAUUGGAUUUAUCGGUGCAUUUGUUAAAGCCUCCUAAAUUGACUCUAAAUGAUGAACAAGAGACAGCCGAGGGAGAGGACACGUUUUCGCGUUCAGAAUAUGCUUUUGAAUACGAACGUAUGAGUGUCAAACAGGCUAGAGUUUUAAAUAAAGAAAUGAGUAAGAAAGAAGCUCCGAAAAAUCUAAAUCAUAGAUGGUUUUUGAAUGGCAUAAUACCCACUAAACAGGCGGAAAGUAUUAUAGCUUUAAUACGAGAUUUGGCCACAGGUAAAUUGGGUGAUAAAUGGUCUCAAAUGACCAAAGCUGCUAUAGCGGAGGCUGUUUUGAAUUUAACUCGUUUGGAUGAGGUAUUUCGUUCUCCAGAAAAUUGUGUUAAAACUGCUACUUUAUGGCUGGCUCUGGCCAGUUUGUGUGUGUUGGAUAAUGAUCAUGUAGAAAAACUUUCGUCGGGUCAAUGGGCCAUCUCGGAUACCCGACCCAUGUGCAAUAAUCAUGAUGAUGGCGAAACUUCAGCUAUAAUACAAUGUGAAAGUUGUGGUUCCUUGUGUGGUGAUUGUGAUCGUUUCUUGCAUUUAAAUCGCAAAACUAGAACACACAAAAGAACGGUUUGCAAGGAAGAGGAGGAGGCCAUACGUGUGGAAUUACAUGAAUCUUGUGGACGCACUAAACUCUUUUGGCUACUCGCCCUGGCUGACUCCAAGACUUUGAAAGCCAUGGUCGAAUUUCGUGAUGGUAGUCAUACUAUUAUUUCCGGCUCACAAGAUUCUGUGGGUCGUUGUCGUUUUUGUGGUAUUACUGGCAAUUCGGGUCUCUUGGAAAUUGGCAAUGUUUGCGCUGAUGCUCAGUGCCAGGAAUAUGCUGCCAAUUCAUGCAUGAAAACCAAGCAGUGUGGUCAUGUUUGUGGUGGAGUGGUUAAUGAAAAGAAAUGUUUGCCUUGUUUGCAGCAUGUCUGUCAUAGCCGCGAAAAUAAUGUGGCCGAUGGAGUGAAUGAACCUAAAUUGACUCAAGAUGCUGAUGACAUGUGCAUGAUAUGUUUUGUGGAGGCUUUAGCUUGUGCUCCUUCUAUACAGUUGGAAUGUGGUCAUGUUUUCCAUUAUCAUUGCUGCAAGGCUGUUUUGGAAAAACGUUGGAGUGGUCCGCGCAUUACCUUUGGUUUCUCUCUAUGUCCCAUUUGUAAGGCUGAUAUUAAACAUCCCAUGCUGGCGGAUAUCUUAGAGCCCAUUAAUGGUUUGAAACAGGAUGUUAAACGCAAAGCUUUAAUACGCAUUAAAUACGAAGGCUUGGUUAAAGAUACCGAAGGUCGUGAUUUAACCACUUUGGCUAUGGAUCGUUAUGCCUAUUAUGUGUGCUUUAAAUGUCAAAAAGCCUAUUAUGGCGGUGAAGCUAGAUGUGAUGCUGAAAUUGGUGAGAAAUUCAAUCCGGAGGAGCUGGUAUGUGGUGGUUGUUCAGAUGUGGCUAGGGCACAAAUGUGUCCCAAACAUGGCACAGACUUUUUAGAAUACAAAUGCCGUUACUGCUGUUCAGUGGCGGUAUUCUUUUGCUUCGGCACCACCCAUUUCUGUGACACUUGUCACGAUGAUUUCCAACGUUUAACCAAUAUACCCAAAAACAAAUUACCCCAAUGUCCAGCUGGACCCAAAGCCAAACAGCUAAUGGGUGAAGAUUGCCCUCUACAUGUCAUACAUCCUCCCACAGGCGAAGAGUUUGCUCUGGGGUGUGGUGUGUGUCGUAAUGCCCAAACAUUUUAGCAUCAUGUUGCUGGCAGUUUGUUUGAUAUGGAUUUCGCGGCAAGACGUUGCAGUGGUAGUGAUUUUAAUGAAGUGCAAUUGGAAGAAUUAGAUAAUCGUCAUUGUUUGGACUUGGAAGCAGCAGAAGAGGAGGAGGUAGAAGGUGAAGUGGCACAUGAACAGGAGCCGGAAGAGGAGGCCAGUGAUGAUGAUUAUGACUAGUCAUUUAUGAUAAUUAUUUAAAUUAUUUUUAUUAGUUGAUAAGUUACAAUAUGAUAUUUAUAUAAAUUUAUUUAGUAUACACUAAUAAUACUCACUUGCAAAAGUCAUAAUAUGGCGAUUUUUUUUUUUUAAUCUCAAUGUUUUAGCAAUUAUUUAAAUAAUCAAAUAAUAUUAAUCGCAAUAAAUAAAUAAAUAUGAAAAAAUGUAUAAAAAAGUGAUCUAUGAUCAUGGAA